GAAAAAAAAUUUUCAUCUAAUUUUAGAGUUGGCUUCAUUUUCAAAUAAAGAUCGUGCCAGAGAAAACCACCAACAGUGCGCGACUGUAGAAUUUUCUAGUGAAACCAAAAUAUGAUUUGGGAUUGAAAUGGGAAUCGUAUUCCAAUCAAUAUGCUGUUUUUUAAUAUUAUUCAUGACCUGUAUAAAUGGAUUCAGAAUUUUGGGAAUAUUCCCCCUAACGGCCAAAAGUCACUUCACUUUUCAUAAUGCCAUCAUGAGAAGCUUAAUGGAAGCUGGCCACGAAGUCACCGUUGUCACCUCGUUUCCAGAUCAGGCAGCAUUGGAAAAUUACACGUCUAUCAUCGAUACAUCGGAUCAUGAAUUCUUCUAUGUAGGACAACCGUUUGAUUUCCUCGCCACACAGAAUGUUUUCUCCAAUUUGGACAAUAUUAAAGAAACCGAGGCUUUGUUUUGCUAUAAAAUCAUGAAUCAUCCUCAAAUUCAGGCUAUAUUCACUUCGAAAGAAAAACUAUACGACGUCCUAUUCGUAGAGCUACUGCUACUUUACAAAUGUUUCCUGCCAAUAGCCGAAAAACUGAACAUACCGGUCAUCGGAACACUCAGCGUGAAACAAUGGCAAGACGCCGACCACGCCAUCGGUAACAUCAAUCACCCAGCUUACAUCCCAUACGAAGGAAUCGCCCACCAUUGGAAACUGGACAACAUCUACGGACGUUUAUUCAACAUUUGGAACUACAUGGCAGUAAUCUUAUACAAACAGUUCGCAGUUCGUCCAUUUUUACAGAAAUUCCAUCAAGAUCAUUCCAAACAGCUGAGUUCAUUGGGCUCAUAUAUGGAUAUGGGACCUGCGUUAAACUUCUACAAUAAUCAUCCUUGUUUCAUCUCCAGACCUUUGACUCCAAAUGCCAUCGAAGUUGGUGGCAUACACAUCAAGCCAGCUAAACCUUUACCUAAACUUAUUGAGAAAUUCAUCGACGAUGCCAUACAUGGUACAAUUUUGUUCUCAAUGGGGUCUUUGGUUAAGGCUUCUUCUUUGCCACCCAAGACGUUGAAAGCUUUCCGAGAAGCGUUUGCUGAAAUACCUCAAAGGGUGAUAUGGAAAUUCGAAGAUAGGAUGGAGAAUUUAUCCAGCAACGUAAUGGUUCUCGAUUGGCUGCCACAAAGAGACAUUUUAGAACACAAAAAUGUAAUCGCUUUCAUCAGUCACUGUGGCCAAGGAGGUGUUAACGAAGCCGUCUACACAGCAACUCCAAUCGUCGCUUGUCCCAUAUUCAACGAUCAAAUCAUAAACGCUGAUAUUUUACAAAAAAAAGAAGUAGCAGUAAACUUAGUAGACGUAGUAAACAUUUCAAAAAAAGAUAUUCUAAGGGCAUUAAAUUCAAUCGUUAAUGAUACGAAGUAUUACAACAACAUGAAGAAAUUCUCGCGUAUUUUUAAAGAUCGUCCAAUGACACCACAGCAAAGCGUCGUAUAUUGGACCGAGUACGUCGUGAGGUACGAUGGCGCUCCUCAUUUAAAAUCCGCUGCCAUGCAAUUGGACUGGCAUCAGUAUUUGUUAUUAGAUAUUGCAAUUUUUCUAAUUUUCAUUUUAAUUAUUUUCUCAUUCGUCGUGUAUUGUAUUAUUAAAUUCUUGACUCGUAUUUAUAGUAUCAGUAUAUCGAAAAUUUUUAAUGUACAAUAUUGCAAAAAUAAAAUACUUUAGAAAUUAUA